UUACACACAUAGUUAUUUAAAAAUAAAUGUUUAAAAAAAGAAAAAGAAAAAAUCAUCACUCAAAAUUAUAUACGUCAAGACUGUUUUGUUAUCAUUGAUUAUUUAUGUUGUGAGAAAAAUUAAAACUAAAUUUUACGAAGGAACUCGUGUCGUUUAAUUAUUUUAUCAUCAACGCACUGAGGAUUCCUUUACUGGUGACCUCUAUAUACGAACAUGAGUAAGGACGUACGAGGCACGUCGGCAGCAUCGCCGCCCGGCGAUAGCGAGGGGAACGAGUCGACAAAUCACAACAAUGUUUUUAAAGUUGGAGUACGGAUCCCGCCGUUCUGGCCCGAGGAGCCAGAGAUUUGGUUCGCGCAGGUUGAAGGUCAAUUCGCCAUAUCUGGAAUAACCAGCGAUGCCACAAAGUUCAAUUACGUCAUUGGUCAUCUUGAAAAUCAACACUCCAAGGAAGUUAAGGAUAUUAUAAUUAACCCUCCCGCUAGCAACAAAUAUGACAAACUCAAAGGCGAACUGAUAAGGAGACUGACUGCAUCGAACGAGAAAAAAAUAAAACAAUUGUUGAUGCACGAAGAGCUCGGCGACCGCAAACCUUCCGCCUUUCUGCGCCACCUUACAGGUUUAGCAGGCGCUGACGUCCCAGACGACUUUCUGAAGACGAUUUGGAUCAGCCGACUCCCGCAUGGCAUACAAACGGUGCUCGCUGGUCAGCCUGCAGGAACAGCGCUGGAAGACUUAGCCGACUUGGCGGAUAGAGUGAACGACCUGGCUUCUUCAACACCCAAGGUAGCUUCCCUAGCUAACGAGAUCCCUAGCUCACUCAUCAGUGACCUCACUAAGGGAAUAGCUGAGCUACGGAAGCAGGUUCAACAAAUGGCGACGCAGAGGAAUAGCAGAUCACGUUCUCGCACAUCCCAAGGCUCGCGUAAUUCCUCAAGGCAACGAACACAAUCCAGCUACAGGAAGUUUCCGCUGUGUUGGUAUCAUAGCAAGUAUGGAGAUAAAGCCCGCACGUGCAUUCGCCCCUGUGACUUCAAGUCGGAAAACUCGAUGGGCGGUCGGUAACGGCGACAAACGAUCGUCCUUCAACAACUACUGGUCGCCUGUUCGUCACUGAUCGAUCGUCGAAGACGCAAUUUCUGAUCGACACCGGUAGCGAUCUGUGUGUUUUCCCCCGAUCAGCGC